AUGGACCGACUCCGGCGCAUGGUCCCCCAAAUUUCACGGCGACGACGCCUAAAACAACAAGCAGACAACAAUAACAACAACAACAACAACAACAGCGACAUGGACGAUAACCAAAGGCCGCACGCCCUCGACCACCUCCCGAAACUACCUCCCCACCGCCGUCCCAUAACCGCCCUCCCCUCCGCCUCCCACGCUGCCUCGCUCGACCGACCCGAUACGACCACCUUCCUGAACCUUCCUUACGAGCUGCGCUACCAGAUCUACCUCCUCGUCCUCGCCGAUCGUCAGGGUCUCCAUGUCGAUAUGCGUUACGCCCAGGCCACCGGCCGUCCCCACACGACCGAAGGCGCCUACUUCCACGAGGAGCGCUGGGCCUGGCGCGCAAGCACCUGCCACCGCGACCCUGCCAUCCACCCUGCCUUUGACCGGUGUGGCCUCGGCGGCCCUCCACCGACAGCUUGCCACCUGCACCCGGAAACCACAUGUUCGAUUGGCGCCGUAGUCAUGGGUCUGCUACUGACAUGUCGGCAGGUAUAUCGGGAAUCAGUGGAGGUGUUGUAUGCGCGGAACACAUUCUAUAUCAACACGGGAGCCACGGUGCUGUAUACCGAGCGGCUGCUUGUGCCAAAGAGCGCAGCAAUGGUGACCAGUCUGGUGUUUACCAUCACUACCAACACUGUCUCCAUCUUUGCGCGGGAACAACUGAAGCUGAAUCCGGGAUGGGAGGCGUACGCCGCGCUCAUGGGUAGGCUUCCGGUUGCGUUUCCGGGGUUGAGGAAGUUGCAGAUAAUUCCCCUGGCGGCGAGACGAGCUGGGGCUCGUUGGGAAUGGCCGGCAAACAAUAUCCUCGACGUCAUCGAGGCGCCGCCCGAGGAUAGAACAGCGAACGAGGCGGUCAAGAACAAACUUCUUGGGUACAUGGACGACACCGUUAUGGCGUAUGGUGGCCAACUGAGGGAGGCCUCGUUGGUGUUUGAGAGGGACAUAUUUGACAAGUAUGUGGGUGGUGACUUUGCUGCUGCUGAGAGAACGGGAUCAGGAGAAAACUGCAGGCGAUAUUGGAGGCAACUGCCGUUAGAAGGAAAAGAGCUGGACUCGAACAAAUACGAGAAUUGGCGUGGAUAUUGGAUACAACGAGUGCCCAAGCUCGUGGAAGUCUGGUUCGACAUGACGGUGGAUUAUGCUAUAAUUGCAUAA